AUGGCAUCAAUGGAGUACGAAUCCGAACAGCGUGGCUAUGACGAUGAGCCCCGUGGCUAUGAGCGCGACAGGAGCCGUUCUCCUCGCCGCGAUGUCGACCCCCGAGCUCGCAGUGCCUCCCCGGGUGGAGGACACGACAACCGCGGUCCACCGCCCGAUUCUCGCGGCGGCGCUGAGGACGAUGGUGCACGCAACCCAGGCUCCAACCUCUUCGUGACGGGCAUCCACCCCAGCCUUACCGAGGAGGAUGUGACGCGUAUGUUCGAGAAGUAUGGAGAGGUCGAGAAGUGCAACAUCAUGCGUGACCCUCACACCAAGGAGUCGCGCGGUUUUGGAUUCGUCAAGAUGGUCACACCAGAGCAGGCUGAUGCCGCCAAGGAAGGGCUCCAGGGCCAGGUUCAUCAAGGCAGGACGUUGAGCAUCGAGAAGGCGCGCCGAGCCCGCCCGCGUACUCCCACUCCGGGCAAGUACUACGGCCCGCCCAAGCGAGAGUUCGGUGGCCGCGGUGGCCGUGGCGGAGGCAGGUACGGCGAUCGCUACGAUGACCGUCGUGGAGGCUACUCUGGUGGUCGCCGCGAUGACUAUGGCGGAUAUCGUGGCUCUCGCUAUGGCGACCGCGAGGACCGUGGCUACGGCCGCGACCGUGAUGACUAUGGCCGACGUGGCGGUGACCGCUACUCGCGAGAUGAUCGCUACUCUAGCCGUGGUGAUGACCGCCGUGGGUAUUACGAACGCCCGCCGCCUCCGUCUGCAGCUGGAGGAUACGGUGACGCCCCUCCGCCUCGCCCGGAAGCUUACUCUGGAGGGAGCAGGCCCUACGAUGACCGUGGUGACGAUGCCCGGUACUCCCGAUAG